GAAAGAGAAUGGAGAAGUACCCCCAAGAUUGAACGUCAGCCAGAAAUGGGCGACUGUGAUGGAGGGGACUUUGCCGGAACCAUUUGCUCAAUCUGCUACGAAGUUCUUAAGCCCAUUACCGAAGACCUCCAAUCCAUCAAUAUCUGCGGCCAUGUCUUCCACGAGCUCUGUUUGCAGCAAUGGUUCGAGUACUGUUCAACGGCAAAGAAAUGCACUUGCCCUGUGUGCAAGCAGAGUUGUAAAGCAAGCGAUGUUGCUCGGCUGUAUUUCCAGUCUCUCGGAGACGUGAAGGAUGCUGUUCUUCCUGAGAAACUCAUUGGGUCUGAGGAGGAAGAUGCGGGGGUUUUGCGUAGAGAAGUGAAAAUGUUGGCAUUGAAAGUUUCGGGGCUUAGUUCAAAAUUGGAGCAGCAGGGGAAGAAAUUGGGAGAUGUUACCGAUGAGCUUUGCGCUUGCAAGGAACAAGCAAAAUUAGAUGCAGAACUAAAAAACGACGCGUUGAAACAAAGAGCAUUCAUACAAAACCAGCUUCUUAUGAAAUCAGAGGAGCUUGAAAAGUCAACUUUGGAGUGUUCGAGAUUACAAGAUAGAAAUAUGGCACUGGCUAAAGAACUCGUGGCAUUCAAAUUAGUAGUAGAUCCCAACCUUGACGAGGAUGAGGUUUUGAAGCUUGCCACUUUGGGCAAUGGUGCCAACAGCAAAGAUACGAUUGACACAUUACGAAGAUCUUUGGUCAUGCGGAACAGGAGUUACAAAGAAUUAAUGACCAAGUGCAAUAUUCUGGGAAGAGCGGAGGCACGUUAUAGUAGAAAGCUUGAGAAGGCUAAAGAGAAAGUAAAGAAACUGAAGGAAAGGAUACAAGAACUGGAAACAGCAGCUGAAGUAAAAGAGAAUGAGAUCCUAAGGUCUCUGAAAGUUUCAAAGAAAGCAGGUUGCUUAAAGAAUCUUGAAAACAAUAGCAGUUAUAAUUCUGAUCUAUUGUCAGCAGAUAAAAUUUCAUCAAAGGAAAACGGGAAGCAAAUUUUGACACCCCAUUCCAGAGCUGAUCUCUCUGCGAACGUCAACAAUAACGUGACGCAAUCUGCAAGGAUGGAGGACAUCGAUUGUAAGCAAAUUAGAGAAAAUAAAGAUGUGAAUUUCAGCAAAGAAAAUUCAACUUGGAUGUCUCUUAAUGGAGAGGAAAAUUACAUCUCACUUGAUGAAGACGAUUCAGAAUUUGCUAAAGCUUUGCCAGGAUCUGCAAAAUACAACGGUAAUGACCAUGACAGUGAUAGUGUUGCUCUUAGGAAACCCAUAGCAAAGUCAGAGGCAGCUUCUAUUGUAGCGAGAGAAACCGCAAUGCAAGAAGACAACCGGGCGGAGCCUUUAAGAGUUGACGUUAACAAUGAAUUUGGUAAAAAUACUGCUGGUACUAUGCCUGAAGACGUGACAUUGCCAGACAAUGUGAAACAAGUUCAGACCAUUGUUAAUAUUCGAAAAGAAAAUCUAUCUCCACUGCCACUUUCCAGUCCAGGUGAUAUUUGUUUUUCUGGCGGCUUACUUGGUCCUGAUGGAACUAAUCGAUACUUGGGGAGAUGGUGCAAGCGUGGACAGAAAAACGAAUCAGUCACUCCAAAAGCUUCGAUCAGUGGUGAUUUGAUAGCCGUAGGGGCUGAUGGUAGAGGUGGUAAAGUUAAAGUUCUGAGAUCUCCAAACCAAACCUUCCAGGACUGUAAGGAGAAUUCAAUAGGUUCAAAAAGAUUGAAAUUCGGACCUAAAGCAAAUAGCAUGCAGUCCCAGGGGUGCCUGCAGAUAGAACACUUCUUUGGGAGGAUCAGUCACUAAUUUAUCGAUCUUUGUCUUGGCCUUGACUUGUGAUGUGCUUUUUCUAACCGAGAAGUGCAGAGGUUCCAUCUAUUAGUUGCUACAUGCACUGCCUCAAGAAAAUUCAUGGACGACGAAAAGACUCGUUUCCUCACCUUGGAAAAUUUUGACCGAUGCACAAAGUGGCUUCUUUUUCUAUCACUUGGGCUUGAUUCUGGUUCUUUUCUGCAAAAAAGAGGUGGAAGCAUGUAACUUAAAUGAGCCCUGUUUUGCCUUAUAGAAACCAUAACGGCAUUCUUGAUAUCUUAUUGUGAAUGAGAAGAUAUAUUUACCUCCAA